AUGAUACAUUCCUGGCUGGGACUGCCAUGGGCUGCCGAUCAAACUCAAAGCCCUUCAGCAGUUAAGCAGCGGGGCCCAUUCAAGCUUUGGGCCAUUGGAGACGACGAGCAACACAUUUCGACGGCUUCCUUUGUCAAGCCUCCUCAGACCAGACUUCCUGAUGCCCUCUCCUAUGUCGGCGAAGUGACCAGUGCGCUUGUGUGUACUCCGACUCCCUGGACGCCUCCGGCGAAUAAGGCAAUUGCCGUUGACAACAAUCUGCAACAUUCUCUCGUCAAGGAGCCUGGGUCCUUUUGCAGCCGACUCGGUCUCGUGGCGAAACCUCCCAUCGGGAAGUUGCAGGAGAUGCCGUUAUCUCCCUCGCCGUCAGAGACGGUCGUUGAGUCUAUCCAGGGAUCAAGCUUGAUCGGCUCCGCAGAGUAUGUGAAUGCCUUCCAUGGCAUCAAUGGCACCCCACAGUCAUCCAUGCCGACUCCGUAUCGACCUCAACAGGCACUGGCCUGGUGCACGUGGCGCCGGGUAUCGGUAUAG